CCGCCAGCACUCAGCCCUUCUCGACCCUUCGCCAAAAAAACGACCCUCUUCUCUGCUCUCUGCUUCUCCAAACCAGAGACCCCUCUGUUUUUUUUUUCUUCCAUCGCCGCCGUAUCUCUUCUCCCUUCUCUUCUCUCUCGCCAUUCCCUCUGCCUCUCCGUCGAUGGCGACGGGGAGGGCGGUGGAACUCGUUGGCAACCCUUAUCUCUCUCGUAUCCCUAUCCUACUCUCUUUUCCUACCCAGCAAUCGAAACCAAUCGAACUUCAAAACCCAUCUCCUCUUCUCUUGCCGCCGCCAUAAAAGACGACCCGACUGAAGAAACUCCUCAGAGCUUCUCCUCUAGCCGCCGACUCUUACUCUCCUCAAUCCGCCGUAGGUCGCUGAAAAUCUACCGGGGGACCUUCAAGGUAGAAGAGUUCCGCCGCCGGCGAAAGCGACGAUGAGCGAAAUGGUGGCCAGAGACGACAGCGACUCAGGGUCUCGCCGCAAGCAGAGAACCAGUCCGUCGACUGAUAUUUUUGGUAGGAGGGAGUGGUGCCGCCGCCGACGCAGAAACAACUGCCACCAGCCAGAGGAAACACCAGAACCUCUCGAACCCUCCCCCUUUGCAGUGACUAAACGAAGAGAUUUAGUUUCUGUUUGCAGGUAGUGCGUGGUGAGUCCUUAGUGGUCUUUGAAGAGGUGGCCAAUUUUCCGAAUGUUGUAGGUUUUGGUUGUGCCUAGAGCAAGUAGCAAAGGGUCAAUGACUUCAAUUUCCUCCUCUUUUGUAGAGCUCGCAAUAGUCCUUGUAAUUAAUUGUAAUUAAUUUUAGUCAUUGCUUUAUUUAGAGGUUUACUCAUGUGAUGUAUGAUGUAUCGAGUUUGAUAAUAAAGUCUUUGUUUUUCCUCGUUCAAUUUGUCACAUUUAAUCUAUCAUGCCCAAAUCCAAACUCGAGCAACAAACUUUGC